AUGGAUGUGGUGGGAGCAUACACAGAGUCACAUGAGACCACGGGAAACGAACUCCACGGCGAUAAGAAUAAGUCAUCCGAGAAGGAGACAGCAGAAUUAAAUAAAUGGUUGCGGGGCAAAGAGAACAUCGACUGAGGGAAGAAAGAUCACCCCACCAUCGGUGACGAAGAGGGCGUUAUGCUCGGAGGCAUCGAAUACCAGACUCACGGAGAGGACAUCGUGGGCCAAGAGUAG